AUGUCAUCACAAAAUUUUAAUGAUGACUUAAAAGAUUUACCCCUAGCAGCUGAAGAUAAGAAGAAGCAAGCUUCGUCCUUAAAAUUGGCACCAAUACCAACCACAUCGCCAUGGAAAUCAUCUUCGCCAGAUAGCAAUACAGCAAUCCCUGUGGAAGAGCUAAGAGAUAUGUCAAAGACUUCAAAGCCUAAUAAAAAUGGUUCCGGGUCAAUCAGAUUAACGAGCAAUACAAAAUGGACUCCAAUUACACCGUCUGUUACAAUUUCAGGUUCCAAGGACACAAAUUCAAAAUCAAGAAAGAACUCUAAAAAUUUUAAGAGUAGUAAAAAAAUGAAAAAGCGUGGCAACAACAAUAACAAUAUCAAUAAAAAGGAUUUCAACGGUCAAACUAAUAGUAUAUCUGAAAUAAAUAACGCUUCCAAUCUUGAAUCAAAGCCUUUCGAUGCCAACGCUAAAGUAAAGACACGCUUAAACUCAGGAGCAACUGCUGGUGCGAAUAACAAGAGGAUAACAAGCGAUAACAAUUCAACCAACGGUAAACAAUCAAGGUAUUACCAAAACAGGGAAGGUAAAACAAGAUACAAUAACGAAGAUCGCAGUUUUAGACACAAUAAGGCGGCUCAUAAUGGUAGUCCCUUCCCAAGUAAUCACCAUUCUAGACCUGGAUAUAUUUCCAAUGCCAGCCACUGGGUGAACAACAAUUCAGGAAAUAGCUACAACCAACUAUCAUAUUUCCGUCCACAGCAAUACUAUAGUAACUACAAUUAUCAACAGCAAUUUCAAACACCAUAUUAUUAUUCAAUGGAACCUAUUUUCAAAUCUAUCGAAAGCAUCAAAAACCAAAUUGAAUUCUACUUUAGCGAAGAGAACUUGAAAACUGAUGAAUUUCUAAGAUCUAAAUUUAAAAAAAUAAAUGACGGGUUUAUCCCCAUGAGUCUGAUAGGAAAAUUUUACCGAAUGGUUAAUUUAUCUCUAGGGGGCGACCCAAUUCUAAUUCUGGCAUCUAUGAGAGAAGUUUUACAACAUAAAGAAACAAAUCAUUUGGAAAUCGCCUAUGGAAAUAUAGAAGGUGCCCAGACGAAACUGGCGGAUGAUCUUAAUCCGUUACACAAUUAUUUCAUCAGGCGCAAAAAUUGGCUUGAAUAUGUUACGGAAGGUAAUUUUGAUGAAAACGAUGACGAAACUGGAAAAUACAAUAUUGAAAAGCUUUUGGAACCAGGAGAUUUAGACAAUUAUUCCUAUAUGGGCUAUCCAAACUUCUUUUCUAGCAGUGCAAAUGGGAAAAAGAGUCAGACCUUUGAUCAAGGUGAAAUGAGUAGGGAGUUUGAACAAAACUUGCAAAUAAAUGAUUAA